GGCUGGGUUUUCUUUAUGGUGGAAUCCUACCAAAAGCCAAGGGUGUGGAGGUUGGCCUGCACAUUGAGCCAGCACGUCCACAUAAGUUGCCUUUUGACAGAGCUGUGGCCAUGGCCGCAUAGUAGGACCACCGUCCCAGACCCUGAGACCAGAAUGAGUGAAGAAGCAUGUCGAACCCGCAGUCAGAAGCGAGCCCUUGAACCCGACCUAACGGAGGAUGAUGUGGAGAGCAAGAAAAUGAAAAUGGAGAGAGGACCAUCAGAGCUAACCAUGGACGGAGACACCAGGGUGAUGCCUGAGCUGGGUGCAGGCCCAGCCCAGGGGUUGCUGAGGACAACAGAGGCCAUGGCCACGGUAUCAGGCGAAGGAAUGGUAGGAGACGGGCCUGUGGACAUGCGUACCUCACACAGUGACAUUAAGUCCGAGAAGAGGCCCCCCUCACCUGAUGUGAUCGUGCUCUCUGACAGCGAGCAGCCAUCCAGCCCAAGGGUGAAUGGACUGACCACAGCAGCCUUGAAGGACACCAGCACCGAGGCGCUCCUGAAAAGCAGCCCGGAAGAGCGAGAGCGGAUGAUCAAGCAGCUGAAGGAGGAGUUGAGGCUAGAGGAAGCGAAGCUGGUCCUGUUGAAGAAACUACGACAGAGUCAAAUACAAAAGGAAGCCACGGUGCAGAAGCCUGCAGCUUCCUCAGGGAGUGCCGUGACCACCCCUCCCCCACUCGUGCGGGGUACCCAGAACAUUCCUGUUGGCAAGACAUCACUUCAGACCUCCUCUGCUCGAAUGCCUGGCAGCAUUAUCCCACCACCACUGGUCCGAGGUGGGCAGCAGGUGUCUGCCAAGCUGGGACCACAGGCCAGUUCCCAAGUAGUCAUGCCGCCGCUUGUCAGGGGGGCCCAGCAGAUUCACAACAUCAGACAGCAUUCCUCCACGGGGCCACCACCCCUCCUCCUAGCCCCCCGUGCCUCAGUGCCCAGCAUGCAGAUUCAGGGACAGAGGAUCAUCCAGCAGGGACUCAUCCGUGUCGCCAAUGUCCCCAAUACCAGUCUACUUGUCAACAUCCCUCAGCCCAGCGCAGCCUCACUGAAGGGGACAACGGUUGCCUCUGCUCAGGCCAGUUCCACCCCCACCAGUGUGGCCUCUGUGGUUGCAUCUGUUGAGUCUCCAGCCAGCCGACAGGCUGCUGCCAAGCUAGCACUGCGAAAGCAGCUGGAGAAGACACUGCUCGAGAUCCCGCCUCCCAAGCCCCCUGCUCCAGAGAUGAACUUCCUGCCCAGUGCUGCCAACAAUGAGUUCAUUUACCUGGUGGGCCUGGAGGAGGUGGUGCAGAACCUGCUGGAGACACAGGGUGACGGCAGGAUCUCUGCCAGCACAGCUGCUGCCGUGCUAUCCCGGGAGCCCUACAUGUGUGUUCAGUGCAAGACGGACUUCACAUGCCGCUGGCGGGAGAAGGGUGGAACUGUCAUGUGUGAGAACUGCAUGACGUCCAACCAGAAGAAGGCGCUCAAGGUGGAGCACACCAGUCGGCUGAAGGCCGCCUUUGUGAAGGCUCUGCAGCAAGAACAGGAGAUGGAGCAGCGGCUGCUGCAGCAGGGCCUGGGUACUGCCAGCACCAAGGCUGAGCCCACAGCCCCACAUCCCACGCUGAAGCAGGUCAUAAAGCCCCGACGUAAGUUGGCGUUCCGCUCAGGAGAGGCCCGUGACUGGAGUAACGGGGCUGUGCUACAGGCUUCCAGCCAGCUCUCCCGGGGCUCAGCCACAGCCCCUCGUGGCGUUCUGCACACAUUCAGCCAGUCACCCAAACUGCAGAAUGCAGCCUCAGCUACGGCCCUGGUAAGCAGGACUGGCAGACAUUCCGAGAGAGCCGUGGGCACCAGCAAGGGCACCACCUCCAACUGGAAGAAGACGCCCCUGAGUGCAGGUGGAACCCUUGCCUUCGUCAGCCCAAGCUUGGCAGUGCACAAGACCACCUCGGCUGUGGACCGUCAGCGGGAAUACCUCCUGGACAUGAUCCCUCCACGCUCCAUCCCCCAAUCAGCCACAUGGAAAUAGUGGAGCCCGGCCCAGCUGA